AUGAGUCGGACUUUUGCACAACGCGCAGGGGACUUUUUGUCAAACCCAUCGGUCCCAAGAAGCUGCUGCAUUCAAAUAUCUCGUCUCACUCUUGCCAAGCCUCUUGAGAAGCGGGACAGCCUCUCCUUCUUCAUAACUUUACAGGCGAACAGCAGAAGACCUCAAGCAAGAGGGGAUGAAAUCUGCAUUUCUUCUUUGGAGAAAGAGUUCGCCCAGAACAUGAGUUUCGAGUACCAGCAUUUCACGAAAAACCGCUCAAACAUUCUCUAUAUUUCGCUGCAGAAAAAGCGGAGAUACAGAACUGCAGCUGUGCCUGGUUACAAAACACUCGCGCGAGGACAAAUAAACUUGGACGAAAUUAUUCAGCUUCCACCUUCAAAAAGCUUUUCAAUCAAACUUUUCAAAUCAGACAGCAUUUCGAGGGACAUAAAGCACCAUGAGAUCGGCGAGUUGGAGAUAUCAGAAGUCUCUUCGAUUCCAACUGAAGACGACCACGGAAACUUCCCACAAUCGGAUUCUUCCGACGACGAAGAAGCAAAUCCGAACGAUAGAAAGAUGAAAAACUCUUUCUCCAUGGCAUCAAGGGUCAAAUCAGCUGUUUUGAGCAAACUGCUCGAACGCGUCAUCAAAAAGAACCCCCAUAUCAAUCCAGAAGAUAUUGACAUGGACCAAGUCGAAACGAUGGAUCUAUCUGAGCUGCAGUUGUACGAUGAUUUGGACGAUCUUGGUGUUAGUUCGGACGAAGAGGAAAUCUUUGCCGAUAGUGUGAGCAUUGCCUCGACCCCAAGACCAAGUCUCCAGCCAUAUUUUGACAGCGCUUCACAAUGCUCCCUCCAUGCUCGAAACUCAAUUGGCGCCUAUUCAUCAGGCCGAAGAAGCGGUAGCAAUAAAUCAGCCAUGCCAAGGCUUAUCGAAGAGAAUCAACGAACAAAAUCCGAGAGCUCAACUACUCAAGAUGAUUUCCCAGAAACCAGCGAAAAGCCUCCAUCGCGAGCGCGCGGGUCAAUCACGUGCGACAAGAAUCCAGAAAAACUAAAGAAGAUAAAACAAAGUCUCAGCGAAGCAGUAGAAAACUUGAAACCAACACUCGUUAUUGUCCAAUCUCAAGCUACAGAAAGUUUAAUCGAUAAAUUGUCAACAAUCAAUUCCUCCUUCAUAAUCAUCGACGUCGCGCCGGAUCAACUCCAACUUCUCCUCGAAACUUUCCUCCAAGUCCUCCUCGAAAGCGAUCCCGAUAAUCUUCCAGAAGACCCGUUAAAGUUCUGCGUCCACGGAACCUCCCCAGAUAUCAACUUCGUAGUCAAGUUUUAUUUCGAAAAAAUCUCGAAAAAGAUGAACGAAAACUUUAUCUCCUUCUUUUUCAUCCCUCUCGACGAAGUGGGAAAAAGCCAUCUCUGUAAGAAGAUAGGCGAGACAUGUGGGACCUUCAAGAAACUGUUUCUUGAUAGCGAGUUAGAGUCCAAUGACUUGAACCGGAUUUCUGAGAAGUUAUCGUCAAUUCAACUGGACGCGAAUCACGUUGCACAUCUUCCUGUAUCCGAAGCAAUGCUAUCUUUAUCGGAUGUCCAAUCAGAUGGGCAUCAAGUCAUUCCCUUCUGUGUUGAACUUGCUGUCCUUGAAACCGAAGACGAUUCCGAGUCUGAUGAUGGUCGAUUUACCUUGAGUCCGACUUCUAGCCCUUAUACAUCAAAUGCUAAUGGAUACGGCGGGAUACAAUCUUCUGAAAAGCUCAACGUCGUUGUUGAGUACUGGCUUUCUGAUGACGAAAAACAGACAAAGCACAGCAUCAAAGAGACGCUGAAAAUACUCGAAUUCCACCCGAUGAAAUCAUCGAUAUUAAUGAAGUUCAUUUCCCGGCGGCGAACGCGUCCUAAUCUCCCGGGAUUGAAGAAAAAAGAUAAUGACGCGAGUGUCCGCGAGCGUCGAGAAAUUGCAUCGCGCGUCGUCUUCAAGCCUAGGGAAAAGUCAGUUACAGCGCGAGUUUCCAUCGAUGGCCAGGAGUUCGAAAAUAUUUCAUUUUUCCAGAUCAAGCCCACUCAAAGCAGAUUUUUACCAAUCGCAGUCUUCACUAAUUCCCAAGAUCAUUCUUCAUUUUAA